UCCUGGAUUUGGUCAAAGGUAUGAAUUUGCUUUGCCGAAGACUGAACCGUCGAGGACUUUGAACAACUCUACUCAAAUUCAUAUUUUUUCUUCAAGUAAUGGACAUUUGAUUACCAUUUUUGCCUCCAGUUUGUUCCUGAAGGAAAGGCUAGCCUAUAGCUAUCACAGCCCCACCCAUAAGAAGUCUUUCAGUUGAUAUUAAAACCAUGAAGGUUGACGAUAUAAAAUUGAUGAAAUAAGAGAUAUAAGUGCAUGAAAAGCACACUCUGAUAUACCCGAGACGCUGAGGAUCUAUAGUAUCAAUAGUAAGUCUAUUUUGAAGUUAAAUUGAAUUGAGAUCAAUCAAAUGAAAAUAGGCGUAGAGAAUAGGCUAGCUAGCGGUAGCUGGCUAGCAGGCACCGUAAGUUAGCUUGGUUCUUGGCAAACAAUUUGAAAAUAGACAAUGUUAUAGUAUGAGCUCACACAGGAAAGUGGACGGAGGCACAAGGCUCCGUUUCUUUGUGUGUGAGACGGAAUGGGCGAAUUGUGCAAAUAAAAUUAAAUGUAGCCAGUAAAUUCGUAAAAUAACCAUAAGCAAUCUAUUCAUAAAGAUUGCCGUAGGCAUAGAAAGCCAGUUCCUGCUCAUGAAGUCGGACUUUUUGCCUGCCAGAUUUGUUUUGUAGGGGCUUCUCCAUGGAACGAACACCCACCGCAAUCUAUACAUAAAGAUUGCGUUAGUUUGACGAUUGUGGACAUAUUUUAUGAAGCACUCUAUUGAAAUGUUGAUAAUUAUAGCACAGUGACUUCACGAAAGCCCGCACCAUUUACUCGGCAAUCUGUGGAUAAAGAUUGCAGGAUGACUCAAGCGAAGUGAUCUUUCGAAGCACAAACAGUCGGGAUUGACAAAAUGGUGGAUUGGUUGUGGUUUGCUUGUCGUCCUCGGACAGCUCCGGGGGCUAGCCGUGUUCUUGGAGCAACUCUUGGGAGUUUUUACAAAACUGAAACCGAAGUAUAGACUGAUGUCCAUCGCGGUGUCUUGAGUGCCAUGCGCGUAUGCUUCGCUAGAUGUCUGCUGUACGUCGCCUUGUUUUUCUGUCGACCAGCUCAGUAUUUGCUCUGAGAGCCAUUGUUGCUUGUGUAACAUAGGGAUUGGUUUGCCGUCGUCGAAGUGGUUAACAGAGGGAGGGCCCUGAUUAGCAGUCAGCCUCCUGCUCCCUCCCAUUGCCGAGCGGCUAAGUCACAGCAGCGGGCCUGUUCCCAGCUAUGACAGAUGCUUAAGCGCAAGCCAUAUAUAGGCAGCGUGAUCUGCCCUUGUGUAACCGAGGGCGUUCAGACCCUCAAUCUGUGUCUCCUUUAUAAAUAUAUACCUUGUUUUCUUACUCAGUCAAGUCUGCUGUUGCGACACCGUUAUAAAACUAUUGUAAAUAUUUGUUGUAGAAAGCUUGGUCAUUGAGUACAGGCAUAGAUUGUUUUGCACUAAUGUACCAGUGAGAUAUAUAACAACAACACAGUGUGACUCUGCACAAAUAAUGUUCUUUCCCCCCACUGUACCAGGACCCAGGGCCACGUUUUUAACACUGAUUGUGUGUGUGUAUAUAUAUAUAUGUGUAACAAUUGUGACAUUUACAGGAAUUGGGUUAUUUGCAGUGUUGUGGAGGUCUGAGACUAUAUAAAACUUCUACUACAACAGUUACACGGAUAUGGCAGGUGGACCAGUGGACCCCAGAGAGAUUUUGAAGGGUGUGGAGGCUCUGCUGGGGAAGGAUGGAGAGCUCCGCAGCCUGGAGGGAGUCCCAAAGGUGUUUAGCCUCAUGAAAGCUUCUACCAAGAUGGUCAGUAGAUGUAUGUACCUGAACAUCCUGCUGCAGACCAAGUCCCAUGAUGUUCUGAACAGGUUUAUCAGAGUUGGUGGCUACAGACUGCUCAACUCCUGGCUCACCUACUCUAAAACCGCCAACAACACCCCCUUGCUGCAGCUCAUCCUGCUCACACUACAGAAGCUGCCUCUCAAAGUGGACCACCUGAAACAGAACAACACGGCCAAGCUGGUGAAGCAGCUGAGCAAGAGUGCAGACACCGAAGAGCUGAGGAAGUUGGCGUCCGUGCUGGUAGACGGCUGGAUGGCUACGAUCCGUUCCCAGAGUGUCUCGAGCAGUGCCAACUCUCCUGCUGAUAAGAAAAAGAAGAAAGAGGAGAGCAAGGUUCCGCUGCGGGACGUGAAGGAAAAGAGUGUCGAUGAGGAGAAGAAGAAGGAGAAACCUAAAGCUCAUGCACCCAGCCACGCAAAGAUCCGCUCCAUAGGACUGGAGAUGGACACUCCCAACCCGGCCCCUGCUAAGAAGACGCCCACUGCCCCACAGCUGGGUGACAAGUACAACAUCAAGCCUCCAGUCCUCAAGAGGCCCAGCACUGGUCCAUCAGAUGCUCCGCCUCUGGAGAAAAAAUACAAACCUCUGAACACCCCCUCUAACUCUGCCAAAGAGAUCAAAGUCAAGAUCAUUCCAGCUCAGCCGAUGGAGUGCACAGGGUUCCUAGAUGCUCUGAACUCUGCCCCAGUCCCCGGGAUCAAGAUCAAGAAGAAGAAACCUAGUACUGGUACAACAACUAAUACCAAGGCAGUCUCCCCCACGUCGAACAAGCCGAGUCCAUUUGACAGCAAACCCUCUACAUAUUCCUCAUCUUCUGCUAAACCGUCAUCUCCAGAAACCGCUGCUUCCAUCACUCCUGCUGAUGAAAACCAGGAGCCGGAGCAGCCUGGAACCCCUGUUCCUUCUGAGGACCCCGAGGCUUCUGACAACGGUGAGAAGCCUAACGCUCUGGCAGAACCGCGCGGAGAAGAAGAAAGUUUGACCAAGAAGGGCAAGAAGAAGAAGACGGUUCACUGGGCUGAGGAGGAGCAGCUCAAACACUACUUCUACUUUGAUCUGGACGAGACAGAGAGAGUCAACGUCAACAAGAUUAAGGACUUCGGUGAGGCCGCCAAACGAGAGCUGAUGAUGGACCGGCAGACGUUUGAGAUGGCUCGUCGGCUCUCCCAUGACACCAUGGAGGAGAGGGUACCCUGGUCACCCCCGAGGCCUCUGACGCUGACCGGUAGCCUGGUCAUCCCUGGGGCCAACAGCACAGAGAAACUAACCCAGAGAGAUCGUGAGAUGGGCAUUCUGCAGGAGAUCUUCCUCAGCAAAGAAAGUGUGCCUGACAGUCCACAUGAACCAGACCCAGAGCCUUAUGAACCCAUGCCUCCCCGUCUCAUCCCUCUGGAUGAGCAGGACUCGUCCAUGCUUGAUGACGGCUACGCCGAGCCCAUGGAAACCACAUCACAACAGGCCUCUGCCAUGGCUCAGACCGAGAACUCCAAGCUGCCCCCUGUCCUGGCCAACCUCAUGGUCAACCUGAGCAACAGCUCCCGCAGCCCGCAACCCACGAACACCGCCAGCAACCCCGUGCCUCCCACCGUCAACGUACAGGAGCUGCUCUCAUCUAUCAUGGGUGCUUCUGGCAGCCAGUCUACUGAAGACUUGAUCAAGCAGCCGGACUUCUCAGACAAGAUUAAACAGCUACUGGGAUCCCUGCAGCAGACUCAGAACCAGAACCAGGGUGGACCUCCACCAGUCAACCAGGGUCUGCUGGGCCACGGGCCAGGCAUGAACAAUAUGAACAACAUGAACAUGCACAUGCAGAUGCCCAUGAACGGGGGCUACCCCCCCAACAACCCGCCCGGCGGGCCUCGCUUCAACCACCCCCCGCCCCCUCACAACCAUGGGCCACCUUUCAAUGCUGGUGGAGGCCCGCGUAUGAUGGGCCCGCCGCCGGGCCAGGGCCGAGGAGACAACGGCAAUUACUGGGGAGAUGACUCCAUGAGAGGAGGGCCCCACAGGGGGGGUCACUUCCACCGAGGAGGACGGGGCCGAGGAGGAGGAGAACCAGGCUUCAGGGGCCGAGGACGAGGAGGGCCCAGAGGAGGACACAACAACAUGAAUGACAUGUCCAAAAGGCCUGUGUGUCGUCACUUCAUGAUGAAGGGAAGCUGCAGGUACGAGAGCAACUGUGCUUUCUACCACCCCGGCGUAAAUGGACCACCUUUGCCUCCCAACCACCCCGCUAACAACCAACACAACCAGCACCCACAGCAUGGACACUAGGUGACACUGCUGGGAACAGCUGUGAGAACGUUUGGCCUCUGGAAGGCAUUCUCUGUGAUGAAACCGUUGCACGGUGUGGGGGCCGCUGGGUGUGACACAGGCACAGAACGAGUUGGGGGUGGUGUCCUUAGACUCUGACGUGUCUGAAGGAGACGGGCCUGGAACAGUGAGCUCUGCCUUACCUGAGAAAACAAAGAAGACAGGAGAGAGGGGCGUGGACUGAGGGGCUGUGAGAUGAUCACUGAUGGGACUCUUUUUAUUGGGAUCAUUUUUAACAGUGAGACUGAAACACACCACACUUGACCACUAUGUCUGAGUUGCUGCCUAUCUGCUCUGUCACUUUCCACACCAUUAACAUGGUCGACCAAAUGGAAGUCUCCUGCUCAGCAGAGAGCCUUCCACAUCACUGAAUUCCCUUCUUAUUGAGGCUGUUGUACUGUGUAAUACAUGUGAUGUGCUUUCAUCCGUUAGGUUUGUACAGAAGAGUCAAAUGUUUUUCUUUAUUACAUGAUUCUGAAAUCUGAGACAAACAUUUAGGAAGCACUUUAUAAAGAUAAAGGCCAGCAAGAAAAGCCACAGCUGGGAUUCAUUCAAACUGGGCCUGAAGAAGAACUGCAUAGUAUUUAAGCUGCUUUAUUUCCCCCUUGACCUCUGCAGAAAAUAGAAGUGAACUGUGCUGACCUGAUGAACAGGUCUUGCUUUUUUUCUUUUCUUACAGCAGCAGAUAUUGAAUGUGAAAGAAACAACAGGAGUGUGUUAUUAUAUAGAAUCUUUUCCCUCUGCUCUGGCUCAGCAACUUGACGUGUGUGUGGCCUGACAAUCAUGAGCGUCAAACAUGUCACGGUCCUGUCAGAGGGGGGCGGCUUCUCCCUGAACCCAGGAGGGGUUACUGUCAGUGUUAGGAGGCAGGUGCUCUGUGGGUCAGCGAUAUUAAGUGUUUUCUGUGAAAACAAUGACCUGUGCGUCUCUUGUGGGACUGUAAGAAUGUAAUAUUUCUGUUGUUCCCUCCCCCUCCAUGUACUUUUUUAUUUUGAUAUGAGAACGUUGGCCCUUUUUAACAUGGGCUGGGUUUUUUUGUCAGUAUGAAAUGUUUGUAUUCAUGUGUUUGUAUGAAUACAGAACACACAUUCAUAGUCAUAUUUUCAGUUGAAUUCUUUUGUACACUGUGUAUUGAAUAAAUGUCCAAACAUAAA